AUGGACGAUGGAAGGAAAAGAGAAUUGCACGACUUAAAUACCCGAGCUUGGAAUGGCGAGGAAGUCUUUCCCUUGAAAAGCAAAAAGCUAGAUUCUAGUAUAAAGAGAAACACUGGUUUUAUAAAAAAAUUAAAGAAGGGAUUUGUGAAAGGUUCAGAACCCUCGUUGCUGAAAGAUUUGAGUGAGGCCUCCUUGGAAAAGUACCUAUCAGAGAUAAUAGUAACAGUAACUGAGUGUUUGUUAAACGUUCCGAAUAAGAACGAUGAUGUAAUUGCCGCUGUUGAGAUCAUAAGUGGACUUCAUCAAAGGUUCACUGGCCGGUUCACUGGUCCUCUUUUGGGAGCUUUUCUGCAGACUUUUGAGAAUCCCUCUGUCGACAUAGAAUCCGAAAGAGAUGAGCUUCAAAGGAUAACCAGAAUUAAAGGAAAUCUUCGCGUAUUUACUGAGCUUUACUUAGUUGGGGUUUUCAGAACAUUGGAUGAUAUUGAGUCGAAGGACGUUGUUCCAAAUUUCCUACAGAAAAAGACUGGCCGAAAAGAUCCAUUGCUAUUCAGUAUCCUCAGAGAGAUUCUUAAUUAUAAAUUCAAAUUGGGUUUUACUACCACUAUUGCAACUGCAUUUAUUAAAAAAUUUGCGCCUUUUUUCCAUGAUGACGAUAAUUCUUGGGAUGAUUUGAUAUUUGAUUCGAACCUAAAAUCUACGUUACAGUCUUUGUUUAAGAUUUUUAUAGAGGCUACCUUUUCCAGGGCCGCAGAACUGCAUAAAAAGGUCAAUAGACUACAAAGAGAGCAUCAGAAAUGUCAAAUAAGAACAGGGAAAUUAAGAGAUGAGUACAUAGAGGAGUACGACAAGUUACUUCCAAUAUUUAUUAGAUUCAAAAAUUCCGCAAUAACAUUGGGGGAAUUUUUUGAGUUAGAAAUUCCCGAGCUUGAAGGUGCUUCUAAUGACGAUUUGAAAGAAACUGCCUCUCCAAUGAUCACGAAUCAGAUAUUGCCACCCAAUCAACGAUUAUGGGAAAAUGAAGACACAAGGAAAUUUUAUGAGAUUCUACCAGAUAUCUCUAAAACUGUAGAAGAAUCACAAUCCACCAAAACAGAAAAAGAUUUAAAUUUAAACUCUAAAAAUAUUAAUUUAUUCUUUACAGAUUUGGAAAUGGCUGACUCCAAAGAUAUAAUUGACCAGCUCUCGAAUAGAUAUUGGUUAUCGCAUUUGGACAACAAAGCCACAAGAAAUCGAAUAUUGAAAUUUUUCAUGGAAACACAAGACUGGAGCAAACUGUCGGUAUAUUCCAGAUUUAUUGCAACAAACAGUAAAUAUAUGCCUGAAAUUGUUUCUGAAUUUAUAAAUUACCUAGAUAAUGGCUUUAGGAACCAGCUACACUCUAACAAGAUUAACGUAAAAAACAUUAUCUUCUUCAGCGAAAUGAUCAAAUUUCAACUGAUACCGUCAUUUAUGAUUUUCCAUAAGAUUAGGACAUUAAUCAUGAAUAUGCAAGUUCCAAAUAACGUAGAGAUUUUGACCGUUUUAUUAGAACACUCAGGAAAAUUCCUGCUAAAUAAACCAGAAUAUAAGGAAUUAAUGGAAAAAAUGGUCCAACUAAUCAAGGACAAAAAAAAUGAUAGACAAUUGAAUAUGAAUAUGAAAGGUGCCCUGGAAAACAUAAUCACUUUACUUUAUCCCCCUUCUGUCAAGUCUUUGAACGUUUCAGUAAAAACGAUAACACCCGAACAACAAUUUUAUCGCAUUUUGAUUAGAAGUGAACUGAAUAACUUAGACUUCAAACACGUUGUUAAGUUGAUUCGUAAGGCUCACUGGGGCGAUUUAGCUAUCCAGAAAGCGCUGUUUUCUCUUUUUUCAAAACCGCAUAAGAUUAGUUAUCAAAACAUUCCCCUACUAACUAAAGUUCUGGGCGGCCUAUACAGCUACCGCCGCGACUUCGUUAUCAGAUGUAUAGACCAGGUACUAGAAAAUAUUGAACGGGGCUUGGAAAUCAAUGAUUAUGGACAAAACAUGCAUAGAAUAUCGAAUGUUAGAUACUUAACUGAAAUAUUUAACUAUGAAAUGAUAAAGUCCGAUGUUUUGUUAGAUACCAUUUACCACAUUGUUAGAUUCGGUCAUAUCAACAAUCAGCCCAAUCCUUUUUAUUUGAAUGAUUCAGACCCGCCAGAUAACUAUUUCAGAAUUCAGCUGGUCACCACGAUUUUGUUAAAUAUCAAGAGAACCCCUGCUGCUUUUACUAAAAAAUGCAAAGUUUUGCUGAGGUUUUUCGAGUAUUAUACUUUUAUUAAAGAACAGCCUUUACCUAAGGAGACAGAAUUUAGGGUGUCAAGCACAUUCAAAAAAUAUGAGAGCAUUUUCGAAAAUGCUAAGUUUGAAAGGUCAGAAAACCUAGUAGAAAGUGCCUCAAGGUUGGAAAGUUUACUGAAAUCAUUAAACACAACAAAAAGCAAAGAUAGCGAAGUGAAGGGACUUUCCUCAAGCAUUGACAAUGGUAAGGAGAGCGCAGUUUCUAUUGAAGUAAUUGCAGAAGAUGAUGACGAUGAUGACGAUGAAAAUGACGAUGGUGUGGAUUUACUAGGAGAAGAUGAAGAUGUGGAGACAAGCGUAUUGGUCCCAGAGUCAGCACCAGAAAAAAGCCGGAUAAAAGAAGACGACAGUGAAGAUGAUGACGAAGACGACGAUGAAGACGAAGAUGAUGAUGAUGAAGAUGAUGAUGAAGAAGAAGACGAUGAUGAUGACGAUGAUGAUGAUGAUGGCGAAGACAGCGAUUCUGAUUUGGAGUAUGGUGGUGACCUUGACGCAGACAGAGAUAUUGAGAUGAAACGAAUGUACGAAGAAUACGAGAAAAAGCUAAAAGAUGAGGAAGAAAGAAAAGCGGAAGAUGAGUUAGAAAGGCAAUUUCAACAAAUGAUGCAAGAAUCCAUAGACGCAAGAAAAAGCGAAAAGGUUGUUGCCAGUAAAAUCCCAGUAAUUUCGAAGCCAGUCAGCGUUCAAAAACCUCUGGUAUUGAAAAAGAGUGAGGAGCCUUCCUCAAACAAGGAGAGUUACGAAGAAUCGUCUAAGCCAAAGAAGAUUGCAUUCACGUUUUUGACUAAAAGUGGUAAGAAAACACAAUCAAGAGUUUUACAGUUACCAACGGAUGUGAAGUUCGUCUCUGAUGUUCUUGAAGAAGAAGAGAAGCUGAAAACAGAACGAGACAAGAUUAAAAAGAUUGUUUUAAAACGAUCUUUUGACUAA